GCUUCUCUCUCUCUCUCUCUCUCUGUUGCUCUUCAGUCUGACUUGAAGCUAACAGCUAACCGGAACCGUAAAGAUGCUAUUGGACCCAUAAACAGAGUAACGGCGGCUCUGCUGGGCUCAGUACCGGCUCUUUGAACUCUUAUCGGGUCAGCUGGCCUAUUGCUGGGUUCGGGUUCUGGUUGCUGUGACGGUGGACGGGCUGGAUGGCCAUGUAGCUCCGUUAGCAUGUUUCGGCUUCUGGGCCACUUUCUCCACCGUUAGGCUCAUUAGCAACAGUCCGCCUGUUAUCGCUCCUCUAUGGGGGGGAAUAUCUAUUCGUGUUGCAGUUAGAUAGCCGUAUUUCAUCUCAACAUGUGUCGGUGUGUUGAACCAGCGGAGCUUGUUCUCGUUAUGAACCCUUUAACCAGCUAGUAAGAACCGCAGCGCUGCUAGCUGAAGCUAACGGGCUCGGAUGUCUUUGUUUCCAGCGGCGCAGGUCAGCUGCGGCCGUUAGAGGAGGAUUUUAUGGAGAUUUUAACGCGUUGAUUCUGGGAUCUGGUGUUUUAAAAAAAAUUAUUAUUAAUGUGGUCAGCUGACAUGCAGCGCUCUCUUCUGUGACCUUGGUAUCAUCGCAGCAGAUCGAUCAGAAAUAAGCCCAACAGCUGGUUCCGACUCCAGGGUUACUAUGGCCCUCAGUUCAGACUGCAGGCAGAGGGUCGUUUACCUGCUGCUCCUGUCAGGAUGCAUUGCUUCUUCUCAGAAGAAUGACAACGUCUACGUGUCUGGAUUUUCUAACGCCUGCGGCGACGUGGCCGAGCUCCUGUGGGCGUCCAGCGGCAUCAUCACCAGCCCCGGCUGGCCCUUUCAGUACCCGGCCAGGCUCAACUGCAGCUGGAACAUCAGGGCCCGACCCGGGGACUCCAUCACCAUCAGUUUCCAAGACUUCGACCUGCAGGGUUCUCACCGCUGCACCUCAGACUGGAUGUCCAUCAGCAGCUACAGGAGCCUGGACGGCCUGCGGGUCUGCGGCUCCUCCCUGCCGCCCCCUUACAUCUCGUCCCAGGAUCACGUCUGGAUCCACUUCCACUCUGACGACGGCCUGGCGGGGAAAGGCUUCCGGCUGUCCUACAUCACCGGUAAACCGGAGGCGUCCAGCUGCGAUGUGGACCAGUUCCACUGCUCUAAUGGGAAGUGCAUCCCGGACUGGUGGCGCUGUAACUCCAUGGAUGAAUGCGGGGAUAACUCGGACGAAGAGCUGUGUGUGGACUCGCCGUUUUCCUUCCAGCCUUGCAACCUGAACCAGUUCCCCUGCUUGUCCCGGUACACCCGGAUCUACACCUGCCUGCCCCACAGCCUGCGCUGCGACGGCAGCAUCGACUGCCAGGAUCUCGGCGAUGAGAUCGACUGCGACGUUCCCACCUGUGGCGAGUGGCUGAGGAACUUCUACGGCUCCUUCAGCUCCCCAAACUACCCCGACUUUUACCCUCCAGGAAGUAACUGCACCUGGCUGAUUGACACUGGUGACCACCGGAAGGUCAUCCUCAGGUUCACCGACUUUAAGCUGGACGGGACCGGGUACGGCGAUUAUGUUAAAGUCUAUGACGGUCUGGAGGAGAACCCUCGCCGCCUCCUCCGGGUGCUGACGGCGUUCGACUCCAGAGCGCCCGUUGCCGUGGUUUCCUCCUCCGGUCAGCUCAGAGUUCACUUCUACGCUGACAAGAUCAACGCCGCCAGAGGCUUCAACGUCACCUACCAGGUGGACGGGUUCUGCCUGCCCUGGGAGGUUCCCUGCGGGGGGAACUGGGGCUGCUACACGGAGCAGCAGCGCUGCGACGGCUACUGGCACUGUCCGAACGGCCGGGACGAGCUGAACUGCUCGUCCUGCCAGGAGGACGAGUUCCCCUGCUCCAGGAACGGAGCCUGCUACCCGCGCUCCGACCGCUGCAACUACCAGAACCGCUGUCCCAACGGGUCGGAUGAAAAAAACUGCUUCUUCUGCCAACCUGGAAACUUCCACUGCAAGAACAACCGCUGCGUGUUCGAGUCGUGGGUGUGCGACGCUCAGGACGACUGCGGCGACGGCAGCGACGAGGAGAGCUGCCCCAUCAUCGUCCCCACCAGAGUCAUCACCGCCGCCGUCAUCGGCAGCCUGAUCUGCGGCCUGCUGCUGGUCAUCGCCCUCGGCUGCACCUGCAAGCUUUACUCGCUGCGCAUGUUUGAGCGCAGGUCGUUUGAGACGCAGCUGUCCAGGGUGGAGGCGGAGCUGCUGAGGAGGGAGGCUCCGCCCUCCUACGGCCAGCUGAUCGCUCAGGGCCUGAUCCCCCCGGUGGAGGAUUUCCCUGUCUGUUCUGGCAACCAGGCGUCGGUUCUGGAAAACCUCCGCCAGGCUGUGCGCUCUCAGCUCGGCUUCACCUCCAUCAGACUUCCCUCCGCUGGCCGCCAUCGCAACCUGUGGCGCAGACUCUUCACCUUCUCUCGAUCUCGCCGCUCCGGUUCUCUGGCUCUUGUUUCUGCUGACCUGGAGGACAGCUCCGGCACUGGGAGCACUGGGAGCUCCGGCUCGGACCUGCUGUCUCCCGACUCCGAUGACACCGACACAGAGGGGGAGAGAGGGCGAGGGGUCGGCGCCGUGGGUGGGCCCGUCGCCCCGCUGCCUAACAAAACCCCACCUCCUUCCGCCGUGGAGGCCGUCGGGUCGGUGGCGGCGUCUGUGGCCUCAACGCCGAGCCGAGGCCGCGAUCGGCCCAGAGAAACCCCGCCCCCGUCCAGCCCGGUUACCGUGGUAACGACCAGCUCUGAUCCGGACGUUUCCGAGCCCCAGCCUCCUUCGUCCACCGCCCUGCAGCGCCUGGCCCAGAACCUGCACCGCCUCGCCAGGAAUCUGACCAGAACUAACCAGAACCAGCAGAACCAACCGUGGACCAAUCAAAGCCCACUGCGCCAGCUGGAGACGGGAAGAAACGACCCUGAGGCUGCCGAGCGGCGGGGAAGCAGAGAGGAAGAGGAAGACGUUGAGCUCCUCAUCCCUGUCUCUGACUCGGACUCUUCAUCUUCCUCCUCUUCAUCGCUUAGCGACAUACGACAGCCUCUGCUGGAGCCGCACCCGUCCUGCGCCGCCGGCCCGGUCCACCAUCACCACCGUGGCGCGAGCGGCCGUGGGGGACGGGACGGCACCUGUGAACACUGCGGGAUGGUCCACACCGCUCAGAUCCCCGACGCCUGCCUCGAGGCCACGGGCAAGACGGAGAGCAGCGACGACGAGCUGCUGCUGCUCUGCUAGCAGGCUAGCCUGCCAGCUAACAUGCUAACUGUCCAGCGUUUCCUCAUUCAUUGGCUACCAUGCUCACUGAUUGGCUAACAAGACAACAUGCCAACUUCCAAGUAACAUUACUAACACAUCUCUUAAAUUUACUCUUCUGCUAGCUAACACGCUAACUUCAGGGCUGCCAUUCUUUUACUCUGAAGCUGCAUCAUGCUAACUCGCUAAACUUGCUAACCCAGAAUAACAAAUUAGCUCUUCAUUUCUAAGAAGCUAGCUAAUGCUAUGAAUGCCACCCAGACAUUUCACUUCAAAUAGCUAACUAUCUAGCUAACAAUGCUAACACAUCACACUGUGCUAAAGCUACUAAUUAAUUUCUUUUUCAGUUUGUUAGCAUGCUAGCUGGAUUAAAGGUUAAAGAUAAAUGUACCAAACAGACACUUGGGUGUGAUGUCACUGGUUCCUAUUGGUACGAACAAAAAAACAAAAAGUUUUUUGGUUCCUCUGCGGUUUGUUUACCGCCUGCCAACCCCACAUGUUCGGCCACCAUUUCACCACUUCGCUGUUUUGUUAUCCAAAUUUCCUUGAGUAUGAAACAGUGCUGUUUACUGUUAGAUACAAGACUCCAAUCAAUAAUAUCUACCAGCAAUAGGUCACUUAGCAUUCGUUUGGCUCGAUCACACACCACUGCUAACAACUUUGCAUCUUACAUCCCUUACACUAUAUUAUUAAAUUCUGGGUUAGAUUUGGGCUUUUCUUCUCACUAUUAAUCUCAGAAUUUCAUGAAAAUACUUGCAUAUACAGGUGGUACAAAUGUACUUGUUCACAGGUACUAAAUGAUAGACUAACUGGUCGUCAGCAAAGAAGCAAAAUUACCGAAAUCCCACAUGCUCUCUUGUUCCCUCUCGCAGGCAAAUGGCGCUUCAUCGUCUUCUCAUAUAUUAGCUAACAUGCUAACUGAUCUACCAACAUGCCAACAUCCAAGUAACAUUAUAAACAUGUUAGCUUUAGGACUGCCAUUAUUUUUCUGUAAAACUGUACCAAGCUAACUCAGUAAACCUGAGACUAACAUGCUAACACAGAGUAACAAGUUAACUCUUCAUUUCUAACAAGCGAGCUAAUGCUAUAAAUGCCACCCAGAGCUUUCACUUCAAAUGCCUAGCUAGCAUACAGUGCUAGCACGUCACACUGGACUAGAGCUUCUGUCUAAUUUCUUUUACGGUUUGUUAGCAUGCUAGCUGGAUUAAAGGUUACAGAUAAAUGUACCAAUCAGAGUCUUGGGUGUGAUGUCACUGUUUCCUAUUGGUACGACCAAAAAAACUAAACGGUUUGUGGUUCCUCUGCUGUUUACCGCCUGCCAACCACGCGUUCAGCCACCAGCCAUUUCGCCACUUCGCUGUUAUGUUACCGGUUUAACAGAUUUUGUUUUUUAGUAUGAGAUGGUGGUGUUUAAACCGUUAGACACAAGGAAAUGUGGUCAUAAGACUCCAAUCAACAAUAUCUACCAGCAAUAGGUCACUUACAAUUAAAUUAAGAAAUUCUGGGUGAGAUUUGGGCUUUUCUUCUCACUAUUUAUAACAGAAUUUCAUAAAAAUAUUUAACUGUAGCAAAAAAUAAAUUGGUACGCCAUGGCUUAAGGAUAUAGGUACGCAUUUUAUUGUUUACAGAUACAAAAUGGAGGCAAGAAGAGACUAAGAGGUUGUUGGCAAAGAGGCAAAAUGACCCAAAGUCCUCAUGUUCACUUGUUAUUCAUCGCAGGCAAAUGUUCUGCUUAAUGGUACGACAGUAAUGAUCAAACUGAUGGUUCUCUGUAGUCAAGAAUGGAAUUGUUUGACAAAGAAACCAUACAACCGGGUGAUUUGUGGGAACUCCAGAUCAAAUGGAAAAGUUUCAAAGGUCCCUCCAUUUCUAAGGCUGCUGGUUGAGUCUGUUUAAGGGAAAUGAUGAGGAUCAUGUGACCAGUGGAGGUUUCCAAAGAGGCCUGCUAGUGGGCUGACUUUAUUUUAGGUUUUAUUUCUCUGUGGCCAAUAUAAACAUCUUAAUGUUGAUUUUUAUGCUGAUAUUAGCCGUCAGCUGUUAGAUAUUGGGACAAAGUUUUAUCCUUUACUGAAUAUAAAGCACAAUGUCAUUUUAUUAACCUUUAAUUUCAUAUUUUUAUAACUAAAUCCUCACUUAGAGAUCCCGGUCAUGUGAUCCUCAUCGCGGUCUUGAAAGUUUUUGGUUUUUUUCCGUCCUUCAUGCCGCUUGUUCUGGAUCGAAAAAUGUGUCUCGCCCGCUCCAGUUGUUGGGUUUUUCUUCUCAUUCACUUAUGAUAGUUUCAAAAACAAGAAAUGAGACCAAAAAGUCCAAGAAGAACCACAACUGGAACGAAAAGCAGCAUCGAUCACAUCUGCAUUAUAAACGUCGUGUUUUUAGUUUGUGGCUCCUCUUUUCCCGACCCAAACUGAAGCCAUUCAAGCGUCUGUAUUUCUGAUCCUCGUUACUGUUUUGGUACUCGGCUGACUUUGUGUGAGUGUGAUUGUGUAUAUUUAUUAUUAUUAAUAUUACUAUGGUUAUUAUUAUUAUUGUGUUAAGUUGUUGUUGUGAAGCUGUUUUUUCUGACUUGCAUGAUCCAACUUGUUUGGUGUUUUUCUUUGAGUCUGUAAAACUAAAACCUGGUAAACUGCACUAAGGAUUAAAGGUUCACAUCAAGUGAA